AUGACAUUUCCCGUGUUAAACUUUCGAUCCAAAACCAUCCAACUGAUGAUUAUAUUAAUGCAAAUUAUAUGCCCGGAUACAACUCCAAGAAAGAAUUUAUUGCUGCACAAGGCCCCUUACCCAACACUGUGCAAGACUUCUGGCGCAUGAUUUGGGAAAAAAAUAUCUAUGCUAUUGUUAUGUUAACAAAAUGUGUUGAACAAGGCAGGACAAAAUGUGAGGAAUAUUGGCCAGACAAAGGAUCCAACUAUUACGAUGACAUUACUGUAACAUUGGUCUCAGAGUAUGUCCUUCCAGAAUGGACAAUAAGAGACUUCACAGUGGAAGACAGGGAUGCAACUGAAAGCCACUCUGUACGCCAGUUCCAUUUCACUUCCUGGCCUGACCAUGGUGUUCCAGAGACAACAGACCUUCUUAUUAACUUUAGACAUCUGGUACAGGAAAACAUUAGACAAAAUCCCCCAGAUUCUCCUACUCUGGUGCACUGCAGUGCUGGUGUUGGCAGGACAGGUACUUUCAUUGCAAUUGACCGCCUGAUCCAGCAAAUAGAAAUGGAUAACAUCAGUGAUGUGUAUGGAGUAGUAUAUGAACUUCGAAUGCAUCGACCUUUAAUGGUGCAAACAGAG